AUGACUAAACUGCAAAGUUCUGGCGUUAGCGAGACGAGUUCUACCAAUGAGGCGAUAGAUGAAUCCCACUCUUCAACCAUGAUGAACAUUCCCGCGAACUUUGAACACUUUCCUGACAAUUCAUCUACCGUCAGUCGUUUUCAUCAACCUACCUUCUCCACGCGAUCCCCUAAUGGCCCCUGUUUUCUGAUGGCAGCCACCUCAGCUCAUUCUCCAUGUGAAGUUACAAGUGGGCACAGUGUGAACCGCCCACUACAAACACCACGGGAUACCACAGCGGCCUCAUCAGCAAGCCCUGAAAAUCUCUCUCCACGUUCGGCCUCACCUCUGAUCAGAGUUCACACAACACCGGGCCUGCAAACCACCUCAUAG